AUGCAAGGUGAAGGAGAUGGGAGAAGGUCAAGAUGUAGGAAUGUCAGAGGGCGAGGUGAAGGAGAUGGGAGAAGGUCAAGAUGUAGGAAUGUCAGAGUGCGAGGUGAAGGAGAUGGGAGAAGGUUAAGUCACAGGAAAGUAAGAGGGCGUGGUGAAGGGCAUGUGAGAAGGUCAAGAUGUAGGAAUGUCAGAAUGCAAGGCGAAGGAGAUGGGAGAAGGUCAAGAUGUAGGAAUGUCAGAGGGCGAGGUGAAGGAGAUGGGAGAAGGUCAAGAUGUAGGAAUGUCAGAGUGCGAGGUGAAGGAGAUGGGAGAAGGUUAAGUCACAGGAAAUUAAGAGGGCGUGGUGAAGGGCAUGUGAGAAGGUCAAGACACAGGAAUGUCAGAGUGCGGGGUGAAGGGGGUGUGAGGAGGUCAAGAUGUAGGAAUGUCAGAGGGCGAGGUGAAGGAGGUGUGAGGAGGUCAAGAUGUAGUAAUGUCAGAGUGCGGGGUGAAGGAGGUAUACGAAGGUCAAGACACAGGAAUAUUAGUGAGCAAGGUGAAGGAGGUGUGAGGAGGUUAAGAUGUAGGAAUGUCAGAAUGCAAGGUGAAGGAUUGACAGAGGGCACCGUGAAGAGGUUUGAGAAGGUCAAGAAUAAGUAA